AUGUCUUCGCAAUCAAUGACUGAACGUCACAACUCUACAAAACUCUUUCAUGAAAAACUUUCAAUGCUAAAUGAUAAUCUUAUUAAAUUUCUACAAAAACAACAUGCUAAGAAACCCUAUGCAGAUUUGACACCUACUUUAAAUGAUUAUUUCAAUCAUCUUCGUACCUUGGAUCAGAUGUAUUCCUCUGCUCCUGAAUCGGAUCUGACUUCGCCCAAGCCGGCUCAAACUGUCAGCAACCAAUUUCCAUCUUUCAUUACUCCUGUUUCUGCUGGAAAAACUUGUGAAACUACUUUGACCUCUACAUCAGUAACAACAACAAUUACUCCAACUUCUACUGCUCCAACAUUACCUUUGGUUCCACCUAAGCCUUUGUUUGGUGGUUUUUCUCAGACUUCUAAAGACAGCAAUGGUAUUACUUCAACAACUACUCUUUCGACCUCAACCUUCACUAUACCAACUUUACCUACAUCAAUUACUUCUGUUUCAAAUAAUUUGUUUUCAUUGCCAAAAACAACAAAUUCUUUACCUGUUGAAGCUCCUGCCAAAAAAUCACUUAAACGUUCAGCGGACACUUCAAUAGAAGAAAACGGAACACAAAAGAAACAAUUAUUUUCAUCAAUUUCUGCCAACCAAUUGCCAACUUUUCCUUCUUUUUCUACUCAAAAAACAACUGGGGAAAUUACUUUAACUACUCCAAUAUUUACAUCAAAUAUUACAACAACAACAACAACUGUUUCUUCUGCUGCUCCUCCAUUUGUUUUUGGUUCUUCAAAACCGGCGGUUAAUUUGUUUAGUGGCACUAAUUCAUUAUUUUCGACUCCUGCAGUUGAGACGACAAAAGAUAAUAAUGCUUCUGUCAUCAAAUCGUCACUUUUUCCUUCUUUUUCUGAUAAAACAAAUAGAGAAACAAAUUCUACAAUUACAAAAACAACUUCAAAUUUAAUUACUCCAAUAACUUCAACAAAAACAACAACCUCUACAGUUCCAACAUUUUCUUUUGGUGGUUCUUUGUCUAAACCAUUUGGUGGUAUUAGUUCAAAUUUGUCUUCUAAUACUUCUAAUAUAUUUGAGACUUCAAAAGAAAAUAAUGUUUCUUCUGCACUUAAAUUUCCAUCCACCUUUCCAUCUUUUUUCUCUCUUGACAAAACAACAGGAGGAUUAACUGCCACAACAACAACCACCUCUACUACAACUUCAACAACCUCCACUGUUUCAACAUUUUCUUUUGGACUUUCAUCUAAACCGUCUUUAUUUGGCGGUACUUCGUCUUCAUUGUUUUCAUCUUCUACAACUGAAGCUGCAAAAAAUAAUAAUGAUAAUGAAGAAGAUGGAGACGAUAAACCAGAAGAAUUUACUCCAAAAGAUAAUUUUCAGCCAAUUGUUCCAUUGCCAUCAAAAAUUGAGACUAAAAGUGGGGAAGAAAAUGAGGAGAUUGUUUUUGAGGCUCGUUGCCGUUUGUUUCGUUUUGAUAAAGCUGAUAAAGAAUAUAAAACGAGGGGAACUGGCGAUUUAAAGAUUUUAUUUGAUAAACAAAAAAAUCGUUAUCGUUGUGUUGCCCGCAACAGUGAAGGAUUAUCUAAAUUAUUUGCUAAUUUUGUACUUUUUGCCAAUUUUAAAGUUGAGAAAAAAGAAAAGCCAAAUUGUUUAAUUUGGAGAUGCAAGGAUUCUAGCGAAAAUAUUGAAGGGAGUGAUGAAACUUUUUUGGCCAAAUUCCGAGAUGAAGAGACUGCUCAAAAAUUUAGUAAGAAAGUGGAAGAAAUUGUUUCAGGGUUGUCAUCUGCAUAA